AAAUACAUUUAUAACUUGUUUAUUUCAUCUGAUUGAAAAAGCCAAUCUAUUACACUAAAGCUAGUCACACUCAAAAGCAACUUAUUAUUAUUUACAGAGCUUUCAUGGAGGCGGAGACUACUACUCCUACCCCAAAACCCGUACACAUCGUCAUUUUCCCUUUGCCACUUCAAGGACAUGUAAUCCCAGCUGUACACCUGGCAAUCAAGCUAGCAUCAAAAGGGUUCAUCAUCACCUUCGUCAACACUCAACUCAUCCACCACCAGAUCACCAAAUCUCUCAACCAAAACGACAUCGAUGACGUUGUCGUUGAUAUCUUCGCUGGGGCUCGGGAAGCUGGUCUAGAUAUUAGGUACAGAACAGUUAGUGAUGGUUUCCCCUUGUCCUUCGAUAGAGUACUUAACCGUGAACAAUACAUAUUGGAGGGUCCCUUGGGUGUUCAUAUGCCGGCCCCCAUGGAAGAACUCAUGGGAGACCUAGUCAAAUCGGCGGAUCCAUCAGUUUCUGUCUUCAUUGCUGAUACUUUCUUCAGUUGGCAGUCGAGUAUAGCAAAGAAGUACGACCUUGUUUCAGUGUCGUUUUGGACUGAGCCUGCUCUAGUCUUUUCUUUAUACUAUCACUUAGAUCUCCUCAAAAUAAAUGGUCACUUUGGGGGUGCAUCUCACAAUAAGGAUAUUAUUGAUUACAUUCCCGGGGUCAAGGCUAUUAAACCAAAUGACUUACCAUCAAACCUUCAAGAACUCGAUGUCUCCACUAUCAUGCACGAAUUCAUAAAGAACGCAUUCGAAGGUGUGAAAAGGGCUGAUAUGAUUCUCUGUAAUACAGUUUAUGAGCUCGAGUUUGAGACCAUUUUGGCCAUACAAGAGAACCAACCCAUGUAUGCAAUUGGCCCACUUUUUCCAUCACGGUUCAACAGUUCUCUUGUGCCCACCAGCAUCAAGCCCGAGUCAGAUUGCAUGGAGUGGCUCAACUCCAAGCUCCCUAACUCGGUCUUGUACAUCUCAUUCGGUAGCUUUGUUCCAUGUGGAAAGAAAGAAAUUGAUGAAAUUGCUCAUGGGCUUAUGCUUAGCAAAGUGAAUUUCUUAUGGGUUCUUCGUCCUGAUGUUAUGUCUUAUGUGAAGCCUUAUGCUCUACCAAUAGGGUUUGAAGAUGAGACUAAAGAUAGGGGUUUGAUAGUGACAUGGACCAAUCAGAUUAAAGUGAUCUCACAUUAUGCAAUAGGAGGCUUUUUAACACAUUGUGGUUGGAAUUCAGUGUUGGAAAGUUUGUGGCAUGGUGUACCAAUGUUGUGUUUUCCGUUGAUGACUGAUCAGUUGACCAAUAGGAAGUUGUUAGUCGAUGAUUGGAGGACUGGGGUGAACCUUUGUGAUGAGAAGUCGCUAACUAGGUUUGAAGUUCAUAGAAAAUCAAAUUUCCCUUCUUUAAUGUGUAGAAAAUCAGUAACUGGAUUGAAGGAGAAUGCAACAAAGGUGAAGGAUAUAAUGAAAAAUGGCCUAGUUCUUGAUGGAUCAUCGGAGAAAAAUUUGAGUAAGUUUAUUACUGACCUAAAGAUUAAAAUUGCUAAUGAUCAAUCAAAUGUUUAGAUUUAGUUAUCUUUUGCCAUGUUUUGGAAAUUUUUCUAGUAGGCUUGCUAAAGGGUUAUUUUGAUAGAUUCGAUAUCUAUUUGGUUAUCUAAAAAACCUUUUUAGUUUAGUUUUUUUUUUUUUAUAAUUGCCUACGUUAAAGUUACUUAGGACCACUUGUAAGUAUUCAAAAAAUUAAGAAUAGUUCAAAAUGCCGAAAAUAAAAUUUGAAUAAUUACUUACCAUGUGUAUAAAAGAAACAAUCAUGCUUUUAAUAAAAUAUGUAAAUCUUGUUUCGACAUUGUAAAUUAUUGAUAAUUUUCUAAAAAUUUGCAUAGGUCCUGAAUAAUUUUAAUAUAUAUGA